UACGGCUGGUCUCAGAUGUAGAGUGUGUGUAGGAGUGUGAAUGUCUGUCUCAGUCAGUACUGCAUCUCUUGCUCCGGGACCCUCGUUGCUUCCAGACAGAGGAAUGCUUCUCUCAGACAGACCAGGGCAGAUUUUGGUCCAUGUGGUGGAAAUGGGGACAAGGAAUAAGGAAUAACAUACUGCUCUUAAACUUCUGAAUUUUCUGGGGAAUGAUACCCUUUCUAACCUAACCACAGUGAGGCUGCCUUAGCUAUUACUCUGGGAAGGGGAGGGUUGGACCUUGGUUGGAUUUUAAUGUUGGACAGGGGUAUACCUUUCCCCUCUGCAACUAUAGGACACCAUGCUGUCUCAACUGAGAAGGGAUCAGUUUGAUAACCUAGAGAAGCAUACACAGUCAGGCAUCGAGUUCGUGGAGAGGUACAGUAAAUUUGUCAAAGAGAGAUCGGAGAUUGAAAUCAGCUAUGCAAAGCAGAUUAGGAAUCUAUCAAAGAAGUAUCAACCGAAGAAGAACUCAAGAGAAGAGGAGGAGAACAAAUACACGUCAUGCCGGGCCUUCCUGUCGACGCUGAACGAGCUGAAUGACUACGCAGGACAGCACGAGGUCAUUGCUGAGAACCUGACCUCUCAGAUCAUCACUGAACUCUCACGGUAUCUCACAGAGCUCAAGGCAGAGAGGAAAUCGCACUUCCAUGAUGGACGUAAAGCGCAGCAACAGAUUGAGAGCUCGUGGAAACAGCUGGAGUCGAGUAAACGGCGGUUCGAGAGAGACUGUAAAGAGGCGGACCGGGCGCAGCAGUACUUUGAGAGAAUGGACGCCGACAUUAAUGUAACGAAAGCAGACGUGGAGAAGGCACGGCAGCAGGCUCAGAUGAGACACCAGAUUGCAGCAGACAGUAAAACGGAAUACUCCAACUACCUGACCAAGUUCAACCAGGAGCAGAAUGAACAUUACUACACACUCAUCCCCAAUAUAUUCCAGAAACUCCAGGAGAUGGAGGAGAGGCGGAUCGAGAGGGUAGGUGUGUCCAUGAAGACAUACGCAGAGGUGGACCGUGAGGUGCUGCCUAUCGUAGGGAAAUGUCUAGACGGAAUGACCAAGGCUGCUGAGUCCAUCGAACCAAAGACUGACUCUAAGCAGGUAGUGGAGUCGUACAAGUCUGGGUUUGAGCCCCCAGGGGACGUAGAGUUUGAGGACUACGGGCCGGGACAGACCAUAAAGAGGACUGUCUCUGAGACCAGCCUGUCCAACUCACGAGGAGAGGCCAAGGAACGUCCCGGCGGGGGCAAGAGCAAGGGCAAACUGUGGCCUUUCAUUAAGAACAAGAACAAGCUUAUGUCCCUGUUAACGUCCCCGCACCAGCCCCCCCCCGGCCCCCCAGCCUCCAGCCCCCCCUCACCCUGUGCUGUUCCCAACGACCCCCAGUCUCCCAAGCAGAACAAGGAGCCCCUCUCCAACCGCUUCAACGAGUUCAUGGCCUCCAAACCCAAAAUGACCUGCCUCCGGAGCCUGAGGCGAGGGUCUAGACUUCUUUCUCUCAAGUUGAUCACACUCAAUUCCCACGUCCGGAAUCUGAUUGAGGGCUCUGGACCGGAGGACUUCAGCCACCUGCCCCCAGAGCAGAGGAGAAAGAAGCUUCAGGCCAAGAUAGACGACAUAAAUAAGGACAUCCAGAAAGAGAUGGACCAGAAAGAUGCCCUAACUAAGAUGAAGGGUGUGUAUGAGAAGAAUCCCCAGAUGGGAGACCCUGCCAGUGUGGACCCCCGGCUAGUAGAGAUGUCAAUGAACAUCGAGAAACUGCAGUCCGAGGUCCAGAAAUUCGAGGGAUGGCUGGCGGAGGUGGAGGGGAGGUUACCGUCAAGGAGUGACCCUCCCAGGAGACAGAGUGGUCUGUACGAGUCACAGCACAGCAACAGCACCAUGGUCGACAACAACUGUGCACAGGACAGAGAGAGCAGCCCGGAUGGCAGUUACACAGAGGAGCAGAGUUCAGAGACUCAGGUCAAGGUGGCUAUAGCAAACACUCCAGAGUUUGAUGAUGAGUUUGACGAUGGGGAUGAGGAGACACUGCCCACCAUCGGCACCUGUAAAGCCGUCUACUCAUUUGAAGGUAAUACACCUUUAACAGGUCAUAAUGAGGGGACUAUCUCAGUGACAGAAGGAGAGCUGCUGUUUGUAAUAGAGCAGGAUAAAGGUGACGGCUGGACGAGGGUCCGCAGGAAUGAAGAGGAAGAAGGCUACGUACCCACGUCCUACGUCGAGGUCUUUUUGGAAACGAACGCCAAAGAUUCCUAAAAGUGUGUGAGCUGGCUCAGGAAUGGCAGGGCAAGCAGCCUCAGCGACAGUGCGACCACGUUCAUGUUCCUAUACGGUCAGAAAGUCAGAGAGAGCGACAUGACCGAGGAAAAGACAGGAGACCUAUGAUGCAUCUCAAUUUCUAACCUGAUACAUUUGUAGAGUUCUCUCCUUCUGCAACGGUCUCUGACCAGAAGCAACAAUAAGAGAAAAACAAACCAAAUUGAGCGCUCGUAAAUCUUUUAUUUUUUAAUAGGUUAUUACCCAUUUAUCAUUUUGCUUCUUUUGUCUCUGCAAAGCUUUGCUUCUCAAUGUACUAACUCAGCUUCCGCUAUGCGGCGUUACCAUGGACGCUGUUGGCUCUCUCACCUCGAAUGCCCCCCCCCGAGUCCCAACCCAUUUCCCUGCCGCUCCUCCCUAACCCCCCUCCUAAAGCACGGCAGGGUGUGGUCAGACAGGGCCGGGACCAGCUCCGAAGCAACCCAAUCUGCCCCCAACUACACCCUGCACCCCACCAGACAGGAAGCCAAACCAUGUCCCUCUCCAGUCCACACUCCCAUCCAAAUCAAUCAGGUGGAUGCAGUUGCAGAAUCUCUCACUCAUUGACUGAGAGCCAUCAUCGCAGAAGGAACAGUCCAGAUCCAGCGUCACAUGGCGUUUCCAUGGAAACAACACAUUUAUUCCACUCUCUGACUCCAUAUUUUGCAGGUUUCAAACAGAUUGAAAAACAGAACAUGGGCUGAUUCGUCAUCUGUAUGACUGAAGUUCAUUUAUAGUGUGUGUACGCGUGUGGGUGCCUGUCAGUAUCAUGUACAUCCCCCAUACACACUCCAUCCAUGACUGAGAAAGGGACAGGACUGGGAGUUCCAGGAACGAGAGGGGUUGGAGACAGGUUCACAUUACUUCACUCACCUGCACUCUCUCUCCUUACCAUACCAUCAUGUGUUGUUACUGGCAUCCCGUCUGCUCCUCUCUGGCCACACCCCUCCCCUCCACAGACCCCUCCCCUACAAGUGUCAGCUGCUGGUCAUUGACUGCGUUGAGCGCCAUGUCACCGCAUAGGGUGGGGCAUCUCUCCGGUGGUGCAUGCGGUGUGCAUGCUUGCCCUGUCUCCUCCUUGGCUCGCCCCCUCCCGCUUGGCUCAGGGGGCUGGCUUAUGCUCGUCGCCUGGCCUUUUUUGUUUCAGUUAACCCCCACGGCCUGUUACACUUAUCCAUUUGUCACCUUUUGGGUUCUGUGCCUGUGGAUCAUCUACUAGCUGUUGUUUUUUGUUGUUGCUGUUUGACUGUUCGUCGUCUCUGAAAGCAUGUUCACCUACCUGUGUUUUUAACAGUGAGUGUGUGCUCUCCCUCACAGUAACUCCUCCAGCUCAAAUCUCAUUACCGGAAGAGAAGAAAAUGUGGGAUUCCAAAACGUCUGUUUCUGAAUGAUAUCAUGCACAGUAAAACAUUGAAUUUGUCAUACUGUAUGUAUGUAAUGUUGUUGGCUGACAUUGUACGCGUUUGAAAAGUGUGUUGAAGGCAAGCGGUCGUUAGCGUCCACUAGCCUCAUCCUGUGGAUACAUGCUGCGGUGUUUCACGUCUCCACUGUAUAUCCAGACAGUGUCCCCUGGAAGAGAACUUGAAGAUUAUUUAAAAUUCUCAUGUAGUUUGCUUGGGCCACUUACUACUGCGUGUGGAAGUAUUGUAUACUGUGAUCCACACACCUUUCCCACAAUGUUGUGACUGAAUAUGAGACAAGACAAACUUCCUAUUGGGCCUUAACUGGGUUGAUCCUAGCUACCACUUAAUCUAAAAACAAGUUCAAGUUUUGUCACAUGCACAAGUACAGUGAAAUGCUUAACUUGCAUGCUCUACCCAACAGUGCAGUAAGAUGCCAUUCUAUUAUCUAUGGUAUGUUGACUAGGUCGAGACAUCUCGUUUUUUUUAUAAAGGUGGUGAAGGUAGAUUACUCUCAAUGUCUACAGAGAUGAUGUCCACUGUUUCCCUUUCUUGAACGCAUAUAAACAUUUUAAUUUUGUAAUUAUUUUUUAACAAUGUUUGGUCAAAGAGAUUGCUUUUUAAUUUGUAGCUAGUUUCUAGCUGGAAAACUGUUGUACCUGAAUUACAAACCACUUGGUGAUGAAACCAGUUGUUUGAUCUGCCUGAAGUCACUGUAGAUAAAGUAAUGAAAAACAUUGUUUUGUGUAAUGAAGCAAUUAGUGAUAUUAUUAGCCUCAGGUAUGUCCCAAAUGGUUCCCUAUAUAGUGCACUACUUUUGAUCAGGCUCUGGUCAAAAGAUUUGAACUAUGUAGGGAAUAGGGUGCCAUUUGGGACUCAGCCUUAAGUGUUUUGGGGAAAAAAUUAUUCCAGUAUUAUUACUCAAGCAACAUUUCAAGGAGCAGCAACUGAAAUUGUAUCAAUGCAAACCAUGUAUAUUAUCAGCAGAACCACAAUUGAACAGUGAUCCAUCACCAUGUGGAGUCCCAGUUACUUGACAUAAUAUAAAAAGACAAGCUGCGCAAAUCUGCAUGUUCUGUGGCCGAGAACCAGGUCAGAUCAAAGUUUCACUUUGCUAAUCCCACCCGUCCAGCUCUUAUUUUCACUAGUGUAGAUAUUGACUUGGCAGUUGUUUUGUUUGUGAGAAGUGAAAAAGCAAAACUGAUUUUCAUGCAGACCAUUAGAAGGUGCAUCUCUGCUGUGCUGACUGACAGACAUAGCCAGUAUAGAGAAAAAUCUGCCUAACUCUCGACUGAGACCAACCCAGACCUCCAGCCAGGCCCCAAUGCACCUGUACAAAAGAAAAUGGCUUGUUGAAAUUAGAGAGAAUAUAUAUAAAUAAAUAUGGAUUAAACUAAGACAAAAAAGGAAAUAAAUAUAUUUUUAAGGUUAACUAUUAAAGGCCUUACUUUGUUUUCUGUGCUUUGCUAAGACUUUUUUUGUUCUUUUUUUGUUGUAAAGUCUGCCAAAUGGUGUGCUUAGCACUUUUGUUUGUGUUCCAGUUGGUAUAUGCUUAUGUUUUAGAGCACUGAAUACUUUGUAUUGUGUUAACUGUGCCAAUUAAAUACAUGUCGAAAAUAA